CGCGCACUCUCGCUCGCUGCCUCUCGCAGUUCCAGGUGGGAUCCGUUUUCCCCUCUUCUUUUGCAUUUGUCGCUGGUGCGUCAGGUGCUUUGUCGUCCCCCACCUCGUUUUUUUAUGUCAAGAAACAACUCCCCCUUCCUCUUUUCUUUGGAGGGCGGGAGAGUUUCAGAGCCGGAAAUAAAAUGCAACCUUGCUGCUAUUGCAAUGGGCACUGACUAGUCGAAAGGAAGCAAAGAAGACGUUGCUGUUUCUGCAGUCGGAGAAAAGAAGCUUUCUGUAAUUCAUCCGACUCCAUCGGCUCGGUUGCCUUUCACCGCCUUCCAAACCUCAAACUUUCACCCUGUCUGGCGGAGUCCCAACUCGACAUAAAUGGUGGAGGCGAUAGUGGAGUUUGACUACAAAGCUCAACAUGAUGAUGAGCUGACAAUCACUGUAGGUGACAUUAUCACCAACAUCAGAAAAGAGGAUGGAGGCUGGUGGGAAGGACAGCUCAAAGGCAGAAGAGGUUUGUUCCCUGACAACUUUGUAAGAGAAAUAAAAAAAGAUGUGAAGAAAGAAAAUCUUGCCAGCAAAGGACCAGAAAUGUCUAUUCAUGAAGUUUCUAAUGGAAGUUCUUUGCUAUUGUCUGAGACAAUUAUUAGAACCUCCAAAAAAGGUGAACGAAAUAGACGGCGACGAUGUCAGGUGGCUUUCAGUUAUAUGCCCCAAAAUGAAGAUGAACUGGAGUUGAAAGUUGGAGACAUCAUUGAGGUAGUGGGAGAAGUAGAAGAAGGUUGGUGGGAAGGAGUGCUAAAUGGGAAGACUGGCAUGUUUCCUUCUAAUUUCAUAAAGGAGCUUUCGGAUUCUGAUGAUGCUAGAACUGCCCAUGAAGAGCACCUGAUAAAACCGAGUUUAAGGGAUACUACAGGCUCAGAAAGUGAUGGUGGUGACUCAAGUAGCACAAAAUCAGAAGGAGCCAAUGGAGCAGCAACAAUCCAGCCCAAGAAAAUUAAGGGGAUUGGAUUUGGUGACAUUUUCAAGGACAAACCCAUAAAACUACGUCCAAGGUCAAUAGAAGUAGAUAAUGAUUUUCUGCCAGUUGAAAAGACAGUUGGAAAAAGAAUGCCCACAGCUACAACAGUCCAGGAGGCGACAAAAAUGGAAUUGGACAGUAGAACAAAGAUGAAGGAGUACUGCAAAGUUAUAUUUCCAUAUGAAGCACAGAAUGAAGAUGAAUUGACCAUCAAAGAAGGUGAUAUUGUUACUCUUGUCAAUAAGGAUUGCAUUGAUGCUGGCUGGUGGGAAGGUGAACUUAAUGGUAGAAGAGGAGUAUUCCCUGAUAACUUUGUAAAACUAUUACUUCCUGAUUUUGAAAAAGAGAGACCUAAAAAACCUCCACCUCCUUCAGCUCCUGCUUUCAAACAAGGAUCAGCUACUACAGAUAGAAAGCAUGAAAUUAAAAAGGUACCUCCUGAGAGACCAGAAUGUCUUCCUCAUCGAACAGAAGAGAAAGAAAGACCAGAGAGAGAGCAAAAAGUGUUAGAUUUACAGAAGCCUUCUGUUCCUGCUAUACCACCCAAGAAACCUCGACCACCAAAAACAAACUCUUUGAACAGACCUGGUACGUUGCCACCAAGAAGACCAGAAAGACCAGUUGUGCCUCUGAUUCAAACAAGGAAUGAUAUUCCAAAAGUAGAUUUAGCGAGCUGUUCUUUGUCGAGCACCUUAGAAAAAGAAUCCACAGAAAGAAGCAAUGAGAUUGAUUUGGAAGGGUUUGAUUCCAUAGUACCAGUAGCAGAGAAGCUCAGCCACCCAACUACUACAAGACCAAAAGCUACUGGCAGAAGACCUCCAUCACAGUCCUUCACAUCUUCUUCACUUUCUAGUCCUGACUUUUUUGAUUCACCAAGUCCUGAAGAUGAGAAAGAAGAACAAGCUUCCCUACCACACAAAGUAGUUGAGCCAUUAAAGAAAGCAAAGACUGUUACAAUUUCACUUGUAUCUGAUAACAAAGCCUCGUUGCCUGCCAAGCCAGGAGGCUUAACAAGUGGAGGUGCUUUAUCUUCUUCACUAUCUUCUUCAUCUAUACUUCAUCCAGUUUCAGUAGGAACAACAGGCCACAGGUCAAAUUCCCCUUCUUUAUUCAGUACUGAUGGAAAGCCAAAGACUGAUCACUCAAGCCAAGGUGAAGCAGCUUUGGAAGAACUAAGGUCACAAGUUAAGGAGCUACGCACCAUCAUUGAAACAAUGAAAGACCAGCAAAAAAAAGAAAUUAAACAAUUGUUGUCUGAAUUAGAUGAAGAAAAAAAGAUUCGGCUACGAUUACAGAUGGAGGUUAAUGAUAUAAAGAAAACUCUUCAAUCAAAGUGAAUUCUGGAUAGAUGGAAUGUUGUAUUAAUUCAUUAUGACAGAGACUUUAUGCCCCAAACAAAAUAACUUUGUGCCAAAUGAUUAAAAGAUCUGCCUAUACUUCUUUGUUUGGACAACUAGCACAAGAGUUUAAUAGCACAACACAAAUUCCAGUGAAGAACAAAAAUUUCUAUGUGAUACACUUUCUUGAAAUGGCACUGGUUGUGACUGAAAUUUUUCUUAUUGUGCUAAAAUCUUUUCUGCUUCACGUUCACAGGCAAAUUGAAAACUCAGGCAGUUUAGUUCAUAGUGGUACUAUUUUAAUGAUAUUUUCCAUAAGUAAAUUGUUUAUCAGUUUACAGGUUUCAUGAGUUUGACUUUUUAAAUUGUCUUUUGUCACAGAUUCUUAAAAUGUUUGUAUUGCAUAUAUCCAGAAAUGAAUGUUGAUAUUGGGUGAGGGGUUUGUUUCUCUUAAAGCAGCUUAAUGUGUGUUGUUUUAAAUACAAUUACAUAUGCAAUCUUAUGUCCAAAAAUUAUCUACAAGGUGAAUCUUAAGUUUGUGUAUAAAUGGUAUAUUUAAAAAGAAAAAGAAAAAUCUGGUCUUUGCAAUGAUUUGUGCCUUCUUUUGCCAAACAUGGAUUGGAACUGGUUGUAGGCCAGAUUUUAGAAAUGUAGCUAUCACAAUGAGGCCUGUCUAUCUACUAGAGGUCCGUCUUUCAGCAUAUUAACUGCUUGCUCAUCAAAAUCUUUAUUUUUGAUCUGAUUUGAUUCGGCUAGAUGAUGUAAUGACCACACUGAGUUUGAGGCAGCUUUAUUUUAACUAGUAUUGCUUAUUAUUAUUAUUAUUAUUAUUAUUAUUAUUAUUAUUAUUAUUAUUAUUAUUAUUAUUAUUACUUUGCUUACUGUCACUCAAACUUUAAACACCCACUUUUAUCUCCAAUUUUGCACAUCUUGGGUGGACAGAACAUGCAUCAUCUAAGAGCAAACAAGAAUAAAAUAUAAAUUAACAAGAGAAAAUUAUAUUAUUACUUGCACAGAAAACUGUGUAAUAUUAACCUCAUUUAAUCAAUUGUAAGCCUGCAAAUUUGGGAUGAAUGGUUUCUGUAUUGGCAUCUUACCAAAUGACUUAUGUCAAAGCAGUGUUUACAUCUCUAUUGCAGAUAGUGAAGAUUUCAGCUUUUAAAGGCAAAGGAAUGUAUAUGUGUUUGCAUAAUAUAUGUGCGAUCUCUGAGACGUGCUCAUAACAAAAUUAUAGUUGGAUUUCUUAUUUCCAUAAUAGAGUACAUUAAUAGUGCAAUCCUAUGCAUGUGUAUUGGGAUGAGUUUUGUUCAGUUCAGUAAAAUGUAUUAUCAGAUAAUGGUAUGAAAGCUUGCAGCCUGAUUUUACAACCCAUAUUCCCUUACUACAGAAUAAACAUUAAAAGCAGUAAGACUUACAUGUGAAUAAACAUGCAUAGGAUUGCACUGAGUGUUCUUGAAUACCUGAGAUAUGUGUCCUGCUGAAAUAUCCAUCUUUGGUUAUAUAAUAGUAUUUUAGUGUUUCUCUUUUCACAGAGCUAUGAAGUUUACAUUAAAUAUCACAUGGUGACUUUAUCAUAUCAAAUAUAAACAUUUAAUAUUUAUCAUUUAAAUAUCUACAUUUAAAGUUGCUAACUUCUAUUUGUUAUUGGAUAGGAGACUUAAAAGUAUUGCCAUGACACCCAAAAAUGUCCUAUAAUUGCAUUUAUUAAUAGCUUCAUAUCAGGAUGGAACAUCCAGGUUUGAAAUUUAGUAAUGCAUCCAAAUACUUAUAUUAAUCAUGUAUAUUUUCCUUUAUUAACAUUGAUACAAGCACACUAAUCAAAAAUUUGUCACUGUGAUAUCUUUCAGGAUUUUAAGAUUACAUUAGGAUUUCUGUAUUAAAAUGACCAAAUCAUCUUGAUGAGUGUUUUACAUUGAAGCAUGAAAGUAAAUCAUGGAACUGAUUUCUUGGUCUUCACAGCAUUCAUGUGAUAAAUCAGUGUUAGCCCUUGUUGUUUUAUCAAACAAACUUGAUUUCCAGUCAUAAUCUAAGAGUGUAGAGUAUUGUGCUGCAACAAAGAGGUCUAGGCAGUGUUACAGUGUCAUGAUCUAUAGACACCAGCUUAAGUACUUAAGAGUGGACAAAAGGCUGUAGGACCUUGAAAUGCCAUAAGUCCAUGGUCAUGGCAGUUCUUUAUCAGCAUGCCAUUCUGAAUGUUUUCUUGGAAACGUGUAUCAAGCUGUGGAAACUGGUGGGAAAGAUUACUAAAAAUGCUGUGAGAUAGAGGGCUGAUGAGGCAUUAUUACUGCAGCAAAGGAACUGUUUUCUAUUGCAUCAGAUAUUGCUAUCCUAAUGAAUAUUUUAGGAGGAAUAUUUGGUUUCUUUGUGUGUCCACAUCAUUCUCCCUGGGAUUUAGUAAUCUCUGUGUCAUGGAAAGUAAUCAAGUGUGACCUGGUUCUUAUAUUCUUAGGAGUGCAAAAUCUGCACUCUCACUGUAACACCUUCAAAAGGGUUGCCAAGUUGUAAUUUCAGUGUGGCAGAAGGUAGAAAUAAUGAAAUACGUUGGGAGUAAUAAUAUAUUUAUUUUUUAAAAAUAAGUUUAAAUGAAGUUUUUGUCCUUGUUCUGCCAACAUCUUUGUCCCGCUCUUUGAAGAGCAGGCCCAGCAUUGCCACUCAAAACCCCAAGUGCAGCCACUAGCCUGGAAAAGGUUGCACCACUGCUCUACUAAGAUGCCAGUGUGAAACGGACCCUGAUGGUUUGGAAGUGAUUUUUGCAUGACUGAGCCUGAAUCUAAGGCUAAACAGGCUCUGCCCCAGUUUUCCUAUUAGACCUUUCUAGUUCUCUUAGAGGUUUUCUAGCAAUAAAGAUAUAUAGCUGCUAGCUUCAACAUUGUGGGAAUCCAACAGGAGGACAAGUAGUGUUUCUAAUUUAUAUAUAUUUGAAACUUGGAAUAGUUUAAUAGGUUUUUGAUUUCAUUCACUUGAAAAACUUACUGUGAAUUGUUACAAUAUAGAUUCAAAGACAGAGCCUUGAAAACUAAGACGUUCUAAAAUCUUAUUUUAAAAGAAAAUGAAAUAUUUGAGUUCAGCAUCGAUUGACCUGAAAUCAGGGUUCUAAUUCCUUUUUCUCUUCCUGUUAUGUUGGUAAAUUGUCAUUUUAUAAACCUGUAUCGAGGAGUCCAAUGUAUUGUGAUUUGUAAAAUAAGAUUAAAUGAGAUUUUAUGG